AUGUUGUGGCUAAAGGUGUCGUUUUAUUGGUGUUUGCCCACAGUGCUGUGAACAUUCGUUUCCCCAUGACUCAUCUCAUGACCAUGCCGCUUUCGACAUUCUGAAGCUUUUUUUUAAUUUAGUUCAUAUGAGGUGCAUCACUCUAGUAUGAGAGUUGUGAUUUCCAUUGGAUAAAUUAAUUUCAUUUUAUUUUUUAUAUUUAUGCUGUAAAUAUGAAUAAUAAAAAAGUAAAAGAAAGGAGAGUGCAGUGUUGUGGUGAUGCGAUUGAUUUUGAUCUGCUUGCAUUCAAUUUAAAGUUUAACUUUCGAAGAAGUUGGAUUAAAACUAAGAAAUAUAAACAUAUCGUGUUCCAUCAGGACAGCUUACGAAAAGGACCUGGUGUAAACGUAAAGGACGAUAAUGGUUACACACCACUUCACCACGCAUGUUUACAUGGUCACAAAGUCAUCGUCCGUUUGCUUCUAUCAGCGGACGCGUCGCCAUGCGUGGUGGACAAGAAAGGAGCCACUCCUCUCCAUCUAGCGGCAUUCAAAGGCGACUCAGAUGUAGUUGCUAUGUUGCUGGCCCACAACAAUCCCCCAGUCAACGUAGAUCAACUGACUACAGACCACGAGACUGCGUUAUUAAUAGCCGCACAUUUCGGGUACGUGGACGUGGUCGCACAGCUCAUAGCCAAGGGAGCUGAUGUCUCAAUCAAGAACAACAACGACGAGAGCGCGCUGGACCUCGCCGCGCAGUAUGGAAGGUUGGAGACUGUCCAACACUUACUUCGAGUCAGACCCCAGCUGGUGGAGCCCUACAAAUUGCCCCAGAGCAGGUCUUGGGUCUUCCCAUCGACCCCAUUACACAGAGCCAGUAAGAACGGGCGCAAGGAGGUAGUGGCGGCGUUAAUAGCGGCUGGUGUGGACCCUAACAUCCGGACCCACAACGGGACUCCCCUACACGAAGCGGCUUGCUUCGGCAAAUCCUCAGUGGUCCGCAUGCUCCUGUCUACGGGGGCGGAUCUGGACGCUGUGGACUCCGAAGGAAGAACCGUGCUCGACCUCUUAGCUGACUACUCCGAAGAGGCGACCAGACGAGUGCGUAGGGUGAUCAGAGAAUUUUCUGCAGAGUUUGAAAACAUGCAGAGGAACACAUACGAAAGUGAAGAAGAUCUCCCACCGUUUCCUGUGCCCGACUACAGUCCCACCGGCUACCAGCCCACCCCAGAGACCCAGAAAAAUACUAACAAAAAUAAAAGCUUAUUACCUCCAUCUUCGUCUUCUUUAACAAAAAAUCAUUCUCAAAGCUUUGUAAAAAAGCUAGCUUCGAAAUGCAUGGGCCUGAAAGCAAAAUUCAAUUCAGCUCCUAACAUUUCUAACAGUCAAGCUUUAGAAGCGGAAGUCGAUGCGAAGAAUAAAGUUUCAGAACAUAAAACUAAUACACAUACAUUAUUAAUAGGGAACAGUAAAUUCUUUAAAAUACUAUCGAAAAAAGAGGAAUCAGGUGAAAUUGUUUGCACUGAUGAAUUUGAUACUAUUUCAUUAGAUAGAAUAAGCACCUUAAAUCGAGAUUCAGUUGUAAAUAAAAGUAAUCGAAGUUGUCCAGGUUUCAAAACGUCAUUACCAAAUAUAAGCGAAAACAAUGAACUCAGUGAUUCUGAAAACUCUGAUGGCGACUUUGUUGUCGUUGACAACGUUGUUAAUAAUAAUAUAAAAAUAUCAAAAAUAAAUGAAGCUUUUAAUCCAAAUCCUCAUCAUAUAUUUGAACCCAGAACUACUAGUAUUAGAAUGUCAGUGACAUCUAAUAUUUCUGGGGAAUCUGAAAACUUGGUAAAUGAGUGUUAUGAGUCUUAUGAGUUUUCUAAAUUAGCCUCAAAAAGUAAUUCAAAUAGCAACUCAAUUCCAAAACCUUUACCUAGGCCAAAUAUUGAAACUAAUAAACAAAUUAAUCAAAACAAUGUUUAUGAAAAUGUUGUAGUUUUUCAUACGAAAACACCACCUAUUCCUGCAGCUAGAAUUCACAUACCCACAAAAACCACAAAUGAAUUGAAACAAAAUGUGCUGUAUGAAAAUGUUUCUUUAAUGCGUGAUAAAAAACCUAGUCCUUUCAAUUUUAUAUCUACGUCGUCUAAAUUAGAUGAGAAUAGAUCAAGAAGCACAAGCAGAGCGUCUACUAUUUCCUCUGAUUCUAUGAUAGAUGAAUCAAAUUUAGAAGAUAUUUUACUGUCACAAAAAUCAAAGUCAUUUAGGCAUAGUAAAAAUUCUGAAAUUUAUUCAUAUACUAAUAAAUCUGUGGUCAGAACUAAAUCUAACGCAUCUGAUUCUUCUGAUGUGACAGAAGCAAGUGCGAUAGAAAAUGUUGACUGCAGUCAAGAAUUAGAGCAAAAUAUAUAUACGUCUAUGACAGGUACUCUGCCCAAUAAAAAAACAGAUCAUUCCGAUAAAAAGCAUGUCCUUUUUAGGCAUAAAACAUUCACUAAUAUUGAUUUAGAUAAAAGUUCACAUAAAGCAGAUUUACCCAAAUGGAAUAACGAAUUUUUAAAAGAAACCCUCGCUCAUUAUCAUAUCCGUGGUACAGGACACUGUAUAUACACAGCACCCACAGUUACAGAGUUUAUCUAUAUUUUUAAUAGAGAAACUCUUUAUAAACCUGUACCUCCUUUCACUAAAGUAACAAAUAAUAAUAGAGACAGCUACUUUGAAACAGCUAUUUGUUUCUGUAAACCUAAGCUACCCAAAUAUCAUAGUAGCGCUGAAGAUUUGUUAGAUGUAUGUACUCGUGAUGAAAAAGAUAAAGUGAGCAUUGAUAUGAAUGCUUUAAAUAAUAAAGAGGAAAUGAAAUUAACGUCCUUUCGAUGCUUUUGUGACUCUAAAACGUGCACAUUUCAUUCAGAGAAACGUGAAUCCGGUAACCUAAUAGUCAAGUUUUCAGUCAUAAAAAAAAGUAUUUCUACUCCAAACAUAACACUCGAUACAAAAUUUUCAACAUCAAGUACUAGUGGUUUACUAAAAAAUAAAUCUGUUUCAUCAAAUCUCGAAGAACCUUAUGCUGUUGUCGAUAUAACUAACAUUGUUUCAAGAAAUAAUACGGUGGAGGAUAAAAAUGAUAACAAUUCUGCUUAUGUUUCUAUGUCACAACACACAACUUUGUCAUCAUCUUCUUCUAACGGUCUUUACUCAGUAAAAGAUAUAGCAGAAGUAAUCUCACUAAGUGAUACUUCAACAUCGACCCCCGCUAAUCCUUGUGCUUCUGAUUGUACUAUACGUAAAUCAGGUUCCUCGGAAUACUCUGAGCAGUGGUCAUUGCAGUCAUGUGAAUCCAAUGUUACCAUUCAAUCUGAUGCAAGUUUUGUUACAUGUUUUGAGGAUUCGUCUGAAGAUUCAGAUGAUACCUUGCACACUGACGAAGAAGUCUCGGACGCAGAAACAGUUACAUCUGAAGUUAAUGGAACUAUUACUAGAAAACCUUGGAUACAUAGCGAUUCCUUUCGAUUUGAUAGUAAGAAACAAUCUAGUUGUGGUAUAGAUACGAUAACUGAAGAAACCAAUGAUUCAGGCUCUUCUAAAUUCGAGAGUGGAAUAAGUGUAAGGAGUUCUGAGACUUCUUCAUCGGAGUGUGAGGAGGACGAUAUUCCGAGGGCCUCAGAUGUGUCGCUUGGUACUGCUUCGCUUGAGCGGGAUUCCGGGGUGGUCGGGGCUGUUCGCAGCGGGUCGGGGCGGCGGCGGUGGGACGAGACUGAGGGCACGAGCGAGGGAGAUGCAUUGAGCGUUUCCAGCGCUGCAUCCAGCUGCGCACCUCUGCACAUGACGCAUCAUCAUGAAUACAGUAAAGUUUCGCCCACACCUCCAAAGAAACCUCCGCGCCGGAAUUUGUCCGUUUCACCGACACACGCGAACUCGCCGUCGUCGGGGUACAGUUACGAGCUGAGACCACACGCGAGAAGUCAGGACGACUUGGAUGAUAUACAGGGCAGCAAACACUACCUCAAACACGGCCGGUCGGUAGACCAAUAUGUCGAUGGUAAACUCUCGUACUCAGAGUACGAGGAUAACCACAACUCCCCGCGAAUAGUGCCAGUCCCCAACCCUCGGCCGAGCCUCAAAAACCGUUCACAGCCCGUAGCCAUCACGGCUAUGUAUGAAAAUGUCGUUAUAAAGGAACAGAAUCCUCGUAGGAAAUUAAGAAGAAACAAUUUCGCGCCGCCGUACGAAAACUAUGAACCGAGAAUGAACGAUAACAGAGUGAGGAAGUAUUCAAAUCAGGAGCGGUCGUCACUAGAGAGCUUGUUAGACGACCAAUCGAUGAACAGUCCGAGCGAUUGUGAACGGUAUUACGAUGGUCAGAGGGUAGAGUUACCUCUGUCGCCGACGCACUAUGAGCAGCCGCCUACGCCCGAUCAUCCUCCCCCGUCAGCGAAACAAGCAGAGAACAGCAUACAUGAACGGAUCAGGCCUUUGAGUCAGGAGUACAAGAGGAGAUCAGUACUCCGCGACAGUCAGACGGAGACUGAGGUGAGUUUAUUGCGGGCAGCGUCCGCCGCCUCAGUUGCAAGUGGGGCGACGGACCGAAGUGGCAACACGGACAACUGCGUAGAAGAGUACGUGUGCGAUGUGCCUUUUGCCGGCCUCUUCAAAGGCUCGACCACAACGCUCGACGGGAUCGGUCUGCGACCGAUGCCAGCCGAACGGCCGAAGACGUUGAGGAAACUAAAAUCGGUGUACGACGCAUCGCCGACAGAGCCACCAGCCGUCAAUAGCGGUAACUUGAGCAGCAAUGGACAGACCGAUAGGAAUUUUAACGGUGUCGAAGAAGAGGUUAGGAGGCGCAGCAACACGACUAGUUCAAAUCAGAGCGCGGACAAAUCGCUGUCGAUCCUCAGUCCAUUCGAUGAGCAGGAGGAGUGGGCGAAAAUCUCUGAGAUAAUGGCCUCUUUCGGCACGAAACUCGUACGAGAGUCGGUGUUCGUUAGCGAACUCGAGCAAGAGUUCACGUCGAGACUCGGCCUUAGCUGUUCUGAGUCAAGCUUGAGUCCAUCUGUGGCUUCCAAUCUCGGCCUUUGGCUCUCUGGCCUCGGAUUGCAUGACUACGAACCUUUAUUUUUGGAGAGUGGAUAUGACGACAUUGAUUUUAUUAAUGGAAUCUUAGACGAGAAUGAUCUACGCGAAAUGGGAAUUGAGGAGAAUGAUAGACAAAAAAUAAUAGAAUCAUCAAAACAGUUACCUCUUAAAAUAGCUGAAAUAAGCAAUAAUCACAAUAAUAAUAAUAUUAGUAAAAACCAAAAUGAAUCUGUAGAGGAAUGGUUAAGGAAUAUUAAUUUAGAACAAUAUAGUGAUACGUUUAGGAAACAUUUGUAUGUUGAUAUGGAUAGAGUGAAAAGGAUUUGGGAGGUGGAAUUGACUGCUGUAUUGGAAAUACAGAAGGUGGGGCAUAGAAAGAGGAUUUUGGCGUCUGUGUCCGGGGAACAGAAUGGUCCUGCUAGUAAUAUGGAAGAUAUUAAUGCUGAUCUCAAUACUUUGAAAAAUAAUAUUCAACAAUUAAAAGAGGAAAUAAAAGAGAAGCUACCGCCAUCGGAGAAUUUGAAGCCAGUGCCACCUCCAGUGGUUCCUACGUUGGCGCCUCCUGGUGGCGAAACUUUGAAACGGAGCAAGAAAAAUAGGCCAGCACCACAGCCGCCCAGGCCAUCAGAUCUUGAAAUCAGGGCACCUUCGGAACUGUUGGUCGGUGUACCUGGAGCGCUGAAGACUCAGUGGAAGCAUCAGCCGUUCGUUCUCGUUACGGGAGCUGUCACAUAUGUAGCUAAUUAUUUAGGAUCAACAGUCGUGAAAGAGUUACGAGGGACAGAAUCAACGAAGAAAUCAAUACAGAAACUGAAGAAAUCAACCAAAGAACCGAGAGAUUCUCCAGAUAUUAUCCUAUCAAUUAGUUAUAGAGGUGUCAAGUUUCUAAACACGAUUACGAGGGAGCUGAUAUGCGAACACGAGAUUCGCAACAUUCAUUGCGCGUGUCAGGACGCCGAUGACCUCACUCAUUUUGCGUACAUCACUAAAGACCACGCCACCAAGAGCCAUUACUGUCACGUGUUCAGAGUAGCCACUAUGGAUCAAGCUACAGAGGUAAUUCUUACUCUUGGAGAAGCAUUCGAGGUGGCUUACCAGAUGGCGCUGCGAGAACAAUCGAACAGGACAAGAGUGACGCAGUCACAAGCCAAAACUCCUACACACGACCCUACGACCAUUAGCAAAGAGAAGCAAGAAAGAACAAACCACGGCAGAUCACAUUCCAUUACUGAGAUUAAACUGAACGGUCAUCAGUUGAAAAUCGCACCAAUUCCGGCUUCGUUGUCCAACGAAGAUUUCCAAGCAUCCUCUAGAAACUCAGACGGCUCCCGAAGUCCCAGAACACCACUGUUAAAAGCACCUAUAGCGUCCACUGAAGAAUUGUGAAAGCUAAGGUAAUGUUCGUUUAAAAAGAUCAAAUCAAACGAACUAUAGAUUAGAAAGAGAGUAAAUUAUAAUUUAUAUAAACACCAUCGUAUUUAUAUGGUCUGUGUCUCAUUAAAAACCAUAAUAAUUCACAUAACAAGAUUUUGAUAUCGUUUUUCAAUGAAAUUUCUUCUAUUGUUAUAUAAUGUAGACAUGUAAUGUAUGUUUAAAAAUUAGAAACUGGAUGUUGUUAAGGACUAUUGGCAGGUACCAGUAUAUAAUUGGUCCUUCCCAGUUUCCUUCUAUAAGAUUAUAAAUAAAUUUUGAUUUUUACUCCGCUUUUACAAACCAUAACAUAAUUUAUUUGACUAAUGUACUAUAUUAGAUAAAUGAAACCGAUUUUACUAUUGAAUAGUAAAAUUUUAGGGGCUGUUAUAUUUAUAGUGAUUUCUAAUAAUUGUAUAUUUUUGUUUUCCUUAGCAUUAAUGCCGUGGAUUAUUCAGAGAAAUAAAUUUUGCAGCUAUAUUGUUGGUCCAAACGAUUCGCCGAAUUCUUUUAUUGCGGUAAACGUAAAUAUAAACACGUAAUCGAGUGAAAAUUUAGAUGUUUUAAAGUAAAAAUAAAAAAUAGGUAGCUUUAAUUUGUUUUACGCAUUUUGACGUCAUAUUGAUAUUCUGUUAGGCCUAAAAUAUAAUCUCGGUUAGAUAUUAUAUAUAUAUAAAUUUAUACGUUUAAUACUUUAUAAAAAAUGGGAAUUAACGCGUUUAUUUAGGUAAACUACGAUAAUUUACCUGAAUUAUCUCGACGAUUUGACCAAAUACACCGGAGGUGGUCAUGAGUAAAUUGUCUUCAAUGAGUGGGUAGAAGUAAAACCUUCUGCUUUGGAAGCGGAGACAUGACAGCGCUACAUCAGUCUAUUCGUGAACACGGCCGGAGUAACACGCUCGGAACAUGUAAAUUAUUUCAAUUUAUUAAUUAAAGUAAAUGAUCACUUUAAUUCCCGUUUCUUAUAAAACAUAAAACAUGCAACGCGAAAGUCUAAAGUUAAUAAUUUAUACGUUACCAUUAUUCGGUGUCGUAUAUAAUGUAUUUAAGUGUAUAUAGAAUAGAGUGUUAAGGAGUGCAUAGAAGUGUAUAUGGGUUGUUAAAGUUACACAUCUUAUGACAUUGAAAGCGAAAUCGCCUAACAUAACAUAUAGUACAUAAAACAUAUCAAACUGAUGUUAAUAUGUUAUUGAUAUUCAGUAAUAAAUUGACCACCAUAACUGGACACUUUUCGCGCGCCGGUUCCAUUAAAUGUAGCGUUGUUGUGUUGCGUCAAAGGGGUCUCGUUAUAGUGGUCCAUACCUGACAGUCUUAAUUAUAACAAAAUGAGCUUCCGAUGUUAAUUUUGCGAGUAGUUUACAAUUUAUGGAGUUGAAAUUCGUUGUUCUACGUACAAUAAAUGUCUCAAAAUGACAAAAAAAUGAUGUUUUCGGUAUUGUCUAUCUGUUCUGUUCAAUUAUUGCAACUGUUUGCUCAAGCAUGUGAAAAUUUUGCAAUUGUCGUUUAUUUCACAAAAAAAAAAAAUCUGUUUAUGAAAUAUUUUGGAACUGUUUUAGGCCUUAUUGUUUUCAUGUACAGUUAACUGGAGAAAUAGGUGAUCAAAUGUGUACCUUGUGGCGUUGAGCUGAAGUAUAGAUGUGAUGAAAUUUCUUAACCUAUUUUUCUUGCUGACUGUACGUCGUUGCUAAAGUCUGAUUAUUAUUUGAGAUUUCUUGUAUUUAUAUGUGAUAUGAAAAGUAAAAGUAUUCAAAUGA